AGGCAAGUGGUGGCGUACUGUUAUCAUAUACUGUUUAGUAAUAUAGUAUGCGGUUUUAGACGCAACCAAAUGUUAACUUUUUUUGAUGGGAAAGUCUGCUUGGUUUAGCACAAAGCCAGUACGAAACGUGGACCUCUGUAGCGUACUGUAGUAAGGAAGUAACGUGAAGUAACGGCAAACAAUAAAGAUUUUAGAGAUUUGGAUCAACAUCAUUUUUGGGGACCCCAUACCUUCAGUGAAGAUCCUUUGGUUAACAGAUUAAAGGCAGCAAGGAGAUGAAGAGAGAAGUGAGUGCUGCUGUGGACUUCCUGAAACGCUUGGCCUUGGAGCGAGGACAUGUUGAUGAAGGCAAGGCAAAAGUGUUUGCUGCUAAACUGGAAGAGCUGUUGUGUGAGAAGUACACAGACCACUGGUACCCGGAAAAUCCUAACAAGGGACAGGCAUACAGAUGCAUUAGGAUAAACAAGAGCACACCAUGUGAUGACUCUGUGCUACAAGCCUGUGAGGAAAGCAAGCUAAGGCCAUCAGAGCUGGGUCUUCCCCGUGAGAUUACAUUAUGGAUUGAUCCACUUGAGGUGUCUGCAAGGUCAGGUGAAAAUUGCAGGCAUUUCACAGUGGCUCGUUUCAGUGAGGAAGAGGGGGACGAGGAGCUAGAAGAUAAGGAGUCCGACCUUCAUCAUGAAAGCUCAGAUUUGGUGAAUGUGGAAACAUCAGACUACCACUCGGCAACUUCCUCGGAUUGCGGCUCGGAUGAUUCCAGUGAUGCAGAGGAGGAGGUGAAGGAAGGAGAGGUGGGGAGCGUGAAAGAGAAAGUAAAAGAUGAGAAAAGGGGUGAUGACAAGCCUUUUGUAAUUGCUAUGAGGCCCAGGGUGAGGGAGCCAAAGCCGAGGAAAAACCCAACAUCUCAGCUUGCAGGACUUCAAUACUUCUACCACCCAACAGCAGUGUGGUCUCAGUAUAAGAAGAAGAGUCCUAUGUUGCUCACGACUAUGUGCACUACCGCACCUGCUCCUGUUCUUGGCUACUACGUUUUCCAGAAACCUCAACCACAGUUCAUCAUGCCUCAUGCCAGUCUGCAGCCCUGGGGGGCAGCCAAAGGGUAGAAGGAAAGAUGAGUACAAGAUGGUAUUAUACCUGGUUAAGCCUCUUUCCAAUUGGACUGGUUUUAACCCUCAUGUUCUGUUUAUUACCUAGCAGUGAAUGUCCCAAAAUAUAUUAGAAAUCAAUAGAGUAGUAAUGGGAUAAUUUGAAAUACCCAUUUAUAAACAGAACAUCUGGGUUGGUAGUUCAUAAUGAAAUAUUGAAAUAUUUUUAAAUAAUUUAGAAGAAAAGUGUCAUAUGAUGAUAAUGACAUGAUGUGUAGUAAUAGCUUUCUUUGCAUUUCAUAUGAUCCAAAAUGAAUUAAUGAUUGAACUAAGCAAUUAUAUUUGUACGUGUAUUUUUAGCCUAACCAUUUUAAUCAGGGACCACACUGGAUAUGGAAAACUGUAAUGGAUAAUUGUAAUGCAAAUUAUUGUGCAAAGAACAAUGUUAUUUUCAUUUGCAUAUGAAGACUGUCAAAAUAUCACCUUUGUCAUGACUUUUAAUAACAUUCCCAAAUUGUGUCAAAUCAGGUAGGCUAUUGAUGACAUAACUAGAUAUUUAGAAAAAGAAAUUCCUACAUCAAAUGUUCUCUCAGGUAUGUCAGUCUAUUGCCUUUAUUCUUUGAUUUUAUGCAAGUGCAUGUUUUGAAUCCAAAGAGUGCAAGCAAGGCUGCACUAAAAAUACUGUGACCUUUGUGCAAUACAUGUAGUGCUGUAGCUCACAGUUCACUGUGACAAAAUAUUUCUCAGGAUGCUGAAUUAACUGCAUAAAAAUAGACAUAAAUGAAUCAUAGAAAUUCCUUUAUAGUGGUCAUUGUAUGCAGUGUUUCUUGUGCAAAUUUGUCACUCACUUGUAGAUGUUGUCAGCUGGUAGAUGUUGAUGUGUGUUGCCAAAAGCAGUAUAUAUUGUGCCACGCAUAGAACUUAAUUGCUAUAUUUUUGCUUUUCACAGCAGCAUUUUAUAAGAUAGUGCUUUUGUACAGUGCACAACAUUUCUUAGCUUUGUAAGAAAGCCAUGCUUUAAAUAAUUAAAUCAAUAUAUUAUGAAAGACAUAUUUUUACAAUCAAGAAUAAUUAUACUAUACGGCUGCACUUUGUUGUAUAUAACUCUAGACACUGGAAUUGUAAACUUCGUAUUUUGCUGAGUGACAUUCUCUGUUUUCUACUUUUUCUCAUGUAAUUCUUAUGUGACUUUUACUGUAACCCUAUUUAUUUCUGUUUAAUAUUCCCUUUACCUACAAGGCGUAUUAAAUGAUGCAACAACUGUAAA